AUGAAGUGCGUCAUCGCCAUCACUGUCUGUGCCCUUGUGGCCAGCGGAGCCUUCGCGCAGAAAGAAAAUGUCGAAGGACGCACCCUUGUGGGUACUGGACUCGGCGGCUACGGCUACGGCGCCGGUCUUAGACCCGGACUCGUGGGCGCGGGUUACGGAGGAGCAGGUUACGGGGCGGCUGGGCUCGGCGGUUACCGCAGACCCGGUUUCGUCGGUGCACCAGUGGGUGGCGCUGGUCUCGUUGGCACCGGUGGUCUCGGACACAGCGGGCUUGGCUACGGCAGCGGCCUGGGCUACGGCGGUGGCUACCAGUCCGGCUACGGAUCUCUGGCAGGCGGCCACCUGGGAGGAUACAGAGCGGGCGCUGCAGGCUACAACCAAGGGUCCGCGGGUUUCGCAGGCGGCGCUGCCAACAGGCACGUCAGCGCUUUCAACAACAACCGAGGUUACAGUCACACCUCGGGCUUCUCGUCAUCUGGCGCCAAUACCUUCGGCUCAGGACACAGGCAGAGCUCCGCUGGUUUCGGGGGUGGCGCUGCUGGACACCGGGGUGGAUACGGACACUCCAUACACGGUCAGAAUGCCGGUGCUGGCUUCGGCGGUGGAUACCUUGGCUAA